AUGAAUCAAAGUGCAACAGCCGAUCUCGUCAGGAGAAAAUCUGCAGCAACAACUGAAGCAAACAUGAACUCAUCUAACUACAAUGAAUUACGUAAUUCGGACGAUUCUAUCUCUCCCGUACAUUCAACAAUCUUUUCUCCUAAUUCUGAAAAAGCUCGAGCUGAAAAAUUCUUCUUGAUUUGGGCAGCUAUCUGGAUUAAUAUUGUAUUCUACAUAGUUUAUUCACAAUGGUUCGAAACGUUCACACCUUAUCACUACCUUACCUUUGGUCUACUACUAUUCAUCUUUCCAACCGUAUUUCCCAUGGUUUUCCCGACACUUUUCCUCUCUGCACAUCUGCCUCUUUCUCGCCGUUAUACAACCAAAGCGAAUAUCUACAUGGGCAUCUUGUCAUGGAUUGCAAACUACUUUUGGACGCAUUAUUUCUAUGUAGUACUACAUGCAACUUAUACAUUCAAAGCUCAUCGCUUCAAUGAGGUACCAAUUGCAUUGUAUAUGAUGACACACUCCUAUUUUCAUCUCUAUCAUGUUUUCUCAUCAAUUCUCAUAAGAUUGGUCUGGCGUCGUAUGCAAACAAAAGGGACAGCACGAUAUUUUUAUGUUGGAAUUAUCGUAAUAAUUUUCAGUUAUAUCGUAGCUUUCUUAGAGACAUUUACCAUUCAACAUUUUCCGUACUACGAUAUUCCUGAUCGAUACGCUAUGUAUGCAUACGGUAGCAUGUUCUAUGGUAUUUAUUUUAUUGUCAGUUUUCCGAUGUUUGCACGGCUAGACGAAGAAGCAAAUACCUGGAAUUUGCCACAAACGAUCAUCGACGCUCUUGCUUGUUGUAUGAUCGUGACACAAUUAUUAGACUUUUGGAGAAUUAGUAUCGGACAUGUUACCAAUGCACCAGCAGCCAAUCCAGUCCACCAGUCAGUUCCUUUCAUAUACUGA